AACGAAAAAUACUCCUGUGUCAUUUCUGAUCUUUUGAUGGUGUUUUCGAAGUUUUAAAAGGGAUUUAAGUUGAAAACAGCACCUGAUUUUUUCUUAGAAAAACUAAUAAUUUAUAUAUAAUGUUUCUUACAAGAUCAGAAUAUGAUCGUGGAGUCAACACCUUCUCUCCGGAAGGUCGUCUGUUUCAAGUAGAGUAUGCUAUUGAAGCAAUCAAGCUUGGCUCUACUGCUAUUGGAAUUCAAACUAAUGAAGGAUGUGUCCUUGCUGUGGAAAAGCGAGUUACUUCUCCAUUAAUGAAACCUGUAACUAUUGAAAAAAUAGUGGAAAUAGAUAGACACAUUGGUUGUGCCGUAAGUGGCUUGAUGGCUGAUUCCAGAACAAUGGUUGAUCGUGCUAGAGUUGAAGCUCAGAAUCACUGGUUUGUUUAUGAUGAAAGAAUGUCUGUAGAAAGUGUUGCACAAUCUGUUUCAAAUUUAGCCAUACAGUUUGGUGACAGUGAUGAUGAUGGCAAUGCCAUGAGCCGUCCUUUUGGAGUUGCAAUACUAUUUGCUGGAUGUGAUGCAAAAAGUGAUCCUCAAUUAUUCCAUAUGGAUCCAUCUGGCACAUAUGUUCAGUAUGAUGCUAAAGCAAUUGGUUCUGGUUCUGAAGGUGCUCAACAAGCUUUGCAAGAACAGUAUGAUAAGAGAAUGACCUUAGAUGAAGCUUUAAAAUUAGCAUUAAAGAUUUUGAAACAAGUGAUGGAAGAAAAAUUGAAUUCAUCAAAUGUUGAGGUUGCUACUGUCACAAAAGACCAAGGCUAUCAUAUGUUUACAAAAGAUGAAGUUGAAAAUGUCAUAAAAGGAAUAAAUGUUUAAAUUAUUGUCUUGCUGUCUAAUGUUCUGAAUUGUUUGAGAUAUUGUUCUUAAUAAAUAAC